CCCAGUUCGUUCGACGACACGGUUAUCGUGGAUUUUUCGACACAUCGACGACGACGGGAUCAUUAGUUUGAAGUAUCUCGACGAACGCCGAUUGACGACGACGACAACUUUAAAAGAAACGAGGAAAGGCAUUUGACUGAAGAAGAGAGGAGACAACCAAGAUGCGGUAUUAUGAGCAGAAGUAUCCCGAGGUGGACGAGUUGGUGAUGGUCCAGGUUCGACAGAUUGCGGAGAUGGGUGCCUAUGUCAAGUUGUUGGAGUAUGACAAUACGGAGGGCAUGAUUUUGCUCUCUGAGCUCUCGCGUAGGCGUAUCCGAUCCGUCCAGAAACUCAUCCGAGUGGGAAGGAACGAGGUUGUGGUUGUUCUGAGGGUUGAUAAAGAAAAGGGCUACAUCGAUCUGUCCAAACGUCGUGUCUCGCCGGAGGAUAUCGUCAAAUGCGAAGAGAGGUACAUGAAGUCCCGAGCGGUAGCCUCGAUCCUCCGACAUGUCGCUUCCAAAACCCCAUCGUUUGCACCAGAUGGAACGAUCAUUCCCGCUUCGACCGAGCAGCAGGAGAGGGAUCGCGAAGCUAAAAGGGCGGCUAGGAAAGCGCGUCAGGCUGCCAAGGCCGAUUUGCCUAUUGAUGAAGAGACGGCUGUGAAGGCUGCUGCUGCUGAGAUGACGGAGAUUCAGAUCCCGGGUACGAGCCAGAAUGAGGAGGAGAAGUUGGAGCAUCUUUAUGAGACUAUUGCCUGGCCUCUUGGGAAGAUUUAUGGUCACCCGUAUGAUGCUUUCAAGUUGGCUUUGACGGAACCCGAUGUUGUGUUUUCGUCCCUCCCCAACCCCGUCCCCGAGGAAACCCUCUCUCUCCUCCGCGCCACCAUCGCCAAACGACUCACGCCCCAACCGAUCAAGUUGCGAGCCGAUAUCGAGCUGACGUGCUACACCCCUGCUGGCAUUGGCGCCAUCAAGAAGGCACUCAGGGCGGGUGAAAAGCAGUCCACGGAGGCUGUCCCGAUUAAAGCCAAGCUGGUCGCGCCACCGCUUUACGUCCUUAGCACGAACGCGACGGAUAAGUAUGCUGCUGUGGAUAGGCUUGAGAAGAGUAUCGAGGCUAUUCAGAAUUCGAUUGAGAAGGAGGGUGGCAGUUUGGUUUUGAAGAUGAAGCCGAAAGCUGUUUCCGAGACGGAAGAACAGGAUCUCGCCAAUCUCAUGCUCAAGGCUGGACAAGAAAACGCUGAAGUUUCCGGAGAUGAGGAUGAUGAGGACUAG